GUCCAACAUGGCCGCAACCAAAGCUUCCAUGGUUUGCUUUGACUCAUGCGAACAUCAUGGGCUUUAAUGACCUCAUGCACCCGAGAAAUAUCUACAGAAACGCUCCACCAGACUUCAAAGUGCUUGGUGAAAAAUUCGACUACUUUAGGAAGCAUACGAAGGAAACUAAACCCGGACGAUUCACUUUGAAUUUUAAAAAUCCUGAGGCGCUGCGAGCUUUGACUUGCGCUUUGCUCGAGCAUGACUUCAAGAUCAAAAUCAGCAUCCCAUUAGAUCGACUUAUCCCCACAGUGCCUCUUCGGCUUAACUACGUCUUGUGGAUCGAAGAUCUUCUCUUAUGCCUUUCAGAAGAUCACUGUCACGCAAUUGUACGUGGGUUUGACAUUGGUAAGAUCACGAAUUUCUCGUUUAGUCUCCUAAUAAAACGCGAUUAAACCGUUUUCGAAACAAUAGAAAGGGAAACCGAUCAUUUUAUUAACAGUUUUUCUUUAAGACAAGUAAACUUUUUUGAUGGCUGUAUUUUGUGGGUGGGUUUUGAUUGCAUUCAUAGCCUGCGUAACCGCGAGCAUUUAUUGCUGUUAUUUGUAGCUCAGCAAGUGUCACGCAAUAAUAAUAAAUGUUUGCGAUCAGCAACGAGUGAAAAUGGUAAUUUUUUGGUGGAUCAUAAGCAGAACUGAGUUGUGGUGGAUCAAUUUCUUAAAUUAUUUUUUGUUGCUUUCAUUAAUUGCAAACAAAAUCUCUGACCAAUCUUCACAUUUUCCUCCCUCAGUUCACUGCACCCCCCCCUUAAUCUUUUUUUGCUGGGUCUUUGUUCAGCAUUUGUUGCAUUAUAGAUUUAAUAGACUAUGUGGUGAAAAAAUAAAGCCAUUCUUGCCUUAAUAACCCAACCGUGUUUCCAGAUAUGUUUUUUUUGUUUUUAAUUUGGCCAUUUUGUGUUAUUUUGUACUAGGAUCAGGUGCCUCCUGCAUUUAUCCACUGUUAGGUGCUAAACUCAACAACUGGCAUUUCUUGGCAACUGAGGUAGAUGAUUUGUCAGUUUCAUAUGCUGUAGACAAUGUGAAAAGCAAUGGCUUGGAAAAUAACAUUAAAGGUAAGAAAGCAUUCAUGCGCAUUUGUAGAUUUUUCUGACUAGUUUUAAAUACUAUCCAUGAUACAUUGAUUAACUGGAGUGUGAAAAAUUAGAUGAUGCAGCUCAUCAUUGUGAAGAAUUUCAGGAAGAGAUAGCAUCCUUCAUUUCAACCAGAUUGUCCUGAAAACUUUGUGUCAUUUGGAAAACCAUGGUCACUCUUUGACAACCACUUUUGAGCCCUAUUUUGCUGUUUUUUUGCUGGUUAAUCUCAACCUUAUGGCAAAAAAUAAUACAUCAACAAUGUCAUCUUUGCACUGGGAAAACAACAUUGCCCAUUCGGAAAAAUAAUAAUUCUAGCAUUUUUCAGACCAGCUAAAAAUUUCAUUUCAUUUAGUGAAACAGGUAACCAAUGACAACUAUCUCAAGAAACCCAUUGAAGAGGAAGACAAUAAAGAAUUUGAUUUCUGCAUGUGCAAUCCACCAUUCUUUAAGAAUGAGUUUGAGGCUUCUCAUGGGGUAACACGCAGCACCAAACGUCCUCAGCCUAGUGGUGUGUGCACUGGAACAGAAACUGAAACUGUUGCUGGAGGGGGUGAGGUGGAAUUUGUUAAAGAAAUUAUCAAAGACAGCCUCGUUAUGAAAGAGCAAAUCAGGUAUUGUGACCCAUGGCUGUAACUUUGCAUGCACAUGUAACCAGAUUACUACAAUAUUUAAUUCUAACAAGAGUUUCUGUACUUAAGUCAACAAUAAAUCAAAUUCCCUGCUGUUUUCUUGCUGUGAGAGACCUCUGCUAGCAGAGAACAAUUCAACACCUAUUUUCAUUUAUUUGCCAUUACAUGUAAUUCAAAUAUAAAAUAAGACCUAUGUUUGAUGUGUUUUUUGUGUUUUGUGCAUAAUGAUCAAACAGUGGUCUGUGAUUUAAGUGCUAAAUUAGACUCUUUUCUUUAAUUUUUAGCUGGUACACUACAAUGCUUGGCAAGAAGUCAAGUGUAGCCCCUAUUCUUGCUUUUCUCAAAGAAAAUGAUGUAAGUACAGCUAUAAUACAUAUCUGUACCAAAACAAGAUCAUGGUGGUGCAUGUACCACAGGCUAAAAAUCAAUUUUUUUUUUUUGGGGGGGGUUGAGAAGGGUGAGGAGAGUGAGGGGGUUUGGAAAGGGAGUCUGGACAACAGGCAGCAGCAGUCCCAUUCCCCCCUUCAGGUGAAUUUAAGAAAGCCUAGUGAUAGAGCAAUGUCAGGAAGACUGAAAUGCAUGCUUAAAAGAGAUACUGGCAAAAGAUUUUUAUGAUAAGUUUUGCCUUGCCAGAGUAAAUCAAUCGCAGGUUAGGGACAAGUGAGACUUACUUCCUACUUACUUCUUUUUCCUGUAUGCAGUUAGCCAAUGGCUUCAAAAAUCCUGCAGAUUGUUUGUAUACAAAAGAAAGACCCUUUCUAAUUUCCAAUACUUUUUUUGUUUCCAACGUGUCAACUGUCAGUCUCUUUUUCUCCCUCAGAUAAAGACUAUAACAACCACUGAGUUUUGCCAAGGGCACACAAUGCGCUGGGGUGUGGCCUGGUCAUUUUUACCCGAUGUGGUCAUGCAGGUAUGGUAGGAUUUUGGUAGGACAUUUACUAUUGGUAGGACAAACUAUUCUGUUGAUUUAUAAUCAUCCUUUAUCUUAUCCCUUUGUUUUGUACCAUCAGUUGCAAGUUAUCUUAUUUUGCUACCAGCAUGUUUAUCUGUGCUUGGACUAGUUGUAUGUCUUGAAUACAUGUAUAUUCGCCUCAUGUAAGGGAAUCCAAGACAGUCUUGAAUUUUGGAUUCCCCUGACUGGAUUUCGGAUUCUUUGUCAGUGGAACUUAGAUUCUAGAUUCCAAUCAUUAGAGGGAUACUGGAUUUUUUGAGCUUUCUCCAGAUGUCAAAGCCUAGGAUCCCGAUUCCACAAGCCAAAGUUCCCAGAUUCCGUGAUUAAAAUAACUUACCCUCUAUGCUGUUUCCUCUUCUUCAGGAAUCUCCUUCAAAACGCCGUAAAAAAGCAAAAAAGGCAAAGCCUCUUCAGCUGAUUAUUCCUAACGAAGUUACAGCCACAGAAACAGGAUGUGACAAGCAGCUUAAACUAACAGACAGAGUAAAGCCAAUAGUAGAUUAUGUCAGGAAGACACUGUAUGAGUUAAAGGUAAGUACCUCCCUGUGUCUGGUAAUCCCUGCACAAAAUUGGACGUUAUUCAUUUUAACUAGAGGUUAAAAACUGUAAGUAUAAUGUUGCGAGCAGACAAUAAUAAUAAUUACAAUAAAUAAUAAUAAUAAAUAUUUAUAUAGAGCCUAUACUUUUCAGUGCUAAGCGCAGAGCAGACUUUGAGCAGUAAAACAUCAUCUGAGAGACGAUGAACUGACAUACACAUUUUGCUAAUUACAGACCCUUUAACUGCGUCGAUGAAUUGUUGUGGACCAAAUUACAAUCACGAGUUUUUCUGUCAUUUGGGUCUUUAUUGGCUAGUUUUUUUUUACCCAUACGAAAAUUACUGUGAAUCUGUUUGCGCGCGCCAAAAUGUGAGAAACUUAGCGCAAUUAGACAAACCUCUUGGUCUUCGAUUGGCAGUGCAGGACAUACGUGCUAAAAAUUAUUCUGACAAACAUAAAUCUGAUUUUACGCCUUGAUAGCAACAGGACACCCAAGGAACCACAGAGGACCCGAAGAUAAAUGUACUGCUCGCCUAGGGGCUCGUAGCAACUAUGAAACUCUAUGAUAAUUAGUGGGAUGAAUCAUGAAAAUUUGUUCUCUUGGAAUUAUGGCUUGAUGCAACUGCGCGAUUAAGAGCCUAGCGUGCCCCAGGCUAUCAGUCAGUGAAGGACAAGCCAAAAGAACAAUGAGUGCAUGAAAAAACUUGGAGCCUGGAACAAGCUUGUAUGAGUCUAGUCAUCCCAUAUUACGUCGUUCAUUUUUAAGUCCAACUUGUUAGAACACUCCUUUAGUUUUCUCUGUGGCAGGUCUCGUGAUCCUUAUAAGUGGGAUCGUUCGCUUCAUCAUUCGCAUGUGAGAAAGCUGCACAUACUUUUCUUUAAUAAUUUAGCUUGUAUUUCGUACUUUAGAAUACUCAGUUGAAUAUUUUAUGUUGCAUUCUAUCGUUAAGGUUGCUGUGACUGAAGAGCAUGAUGAAACAGACAAAUCAGCUGGGGUAUUGACCUUCCAUUGUCGUGCCUCAGACAAAACUUGGGCCCAUCAGCGGAGAAAACGGCGGGAACUGCUUAGAAAAAAAGUUGGACAAGAAAACCAAGGAGACUGUCAGCCUCAUGGUGAAGAGUUAGCCGCAAAAGAAACAGCAGAAGAUACUAUUCCUAAUGACAUCAACUUCCAAGAUACUUCAGGAGAAAAAAGCACAGGUACGGAAAGCUUAAAAGCCAAUGAGACGUUAACAAAUUCUGACGUUUCUCAAGUCACAGAAUUUAAAUCGCGCGAAGAUCCAUCACAAAGUAAUGAUACUCAACAAGGCAGUACUCUCCCCAGAUCUCUCUUGUCGUUCGUGGUUCGAGUUGGGGCUGGUGCUGAGAUAAGUAGUGAGCUGCCGCCUGAUUGUGUUGUGUUGGAAAUGACGUGGGUUGACGGACAGGACAAAAACGAUUUAUAUCAGUUAUAUCAGUACUUUCAGAAUAAACUUGUCAGAGGCUUUUAGAGUAUUUUAACGUUAAAUUGGCUUUACGUAUGACACUCAAGAUUUCUUUUUAUUUCGAUUUGAUUUUCGAUUUGAUUUUGGCUCCAUUUCAUUUCGAUCUACGAAAUGUUAAGGUCAAUUUUUUUUAGCCAGCCAGCUGGUGACUAAAAAACUUUUUUUUAGCGCACUAACGCACGUAUUGUUGUCUUCUGUAACGUUCAUUUUAGUUGAAAGCUUACGUUCUUAGUUUCUGCUUGAAUCAAAGGUCACUGGAUUAAAUUCGGAGGAGCGUUACUAACUCAUACAUAAGAUAUCCGUUCUGAUACGCAACCCCCGACCUCCCCAUUCCGGGUUUGGUUAAAACUAGUGACGAUAGCAAACACCUAGCGGAAAAUAGGCACUUGAUGGAGUGCAUGUGGUUGUAAAAGUUUGUAUUUUACUAUGACCUGUGGGGUCAUUUCAGUUGUCAUUUCUACUGCAAAUUCAUUGCCAGCUUACGUGCUAUUGCUGCGACUUACGCGCGUGAUGGCAUAGUGGCUACGCAUCUAGAGCG